CGUAACGUGAAAACAAAAAUGGCAGCCUUCUUCAGGAGAAUCUUCAGUCGUUCUACUUUUCAGAAUGGCAGGAUAUGGCAAAAGUUUCAGAAUCCAGCUUCACGACCUUCAAGAAUACAAGCACUGGUUUUAGGAGGUGCAGCCUGCUGUAGUUCGUAUAUCAUUUUCAAAAGAUAUUAUGGACAUCUCAGUGACUGGUUGAUGCCAUUUUCACUCCCAAAUGUACAAGCGAAAGAUGAACUCGCAUCGGACGGAGCCGUCUGUCAAGCAGUGACGUAGAACACAUGCUGAAGAACACGCCCACACUGCACCGCGGCAGUGACAAGCUCUUCCGGAAGCUACAUGACAGAGGCAUCAUCUCCUACACCGAGUACCUGUUCCUGCUGUGUGUCCUCACCAUGUCUUGCCAGACCGGGCCUACGAAAUUCACCGGCAAAAGCACGAACGAGCCCCACUCCGGCUUCCUGAUCGCCUUCAACAUGUUCGACACGGACGGGAACCAGAUCGUAGACAAGAGGGAAUUCCUCGUGUUGGAGUCCUUCUUCAUUCUCCCCCCGAAGGAAAGGAAGUUUGUCCCCCGGGACCCCCAAAAAGUGCAGAAAUUGUUAGAUGAUUUGAACACGGAGAUCCCCGACACCACACUGCUGGUUCACUUCUUUGGCCGUAACGGGAAGAAUGUGCUCAAGUACAAGGACUUCCACAGAUACACCAAUCUGGACCGGGGAGAUGUGGAGGACUGCCUCAAUCGAGUGCGUGAGAGGAUGCCCAAUGAGAAGGGCAUCACGUUCACGGAGUUCAAGAAGUUCUGUCAGUUCCUCAACAACCUGGACGACUUUGCCAUUGCCAUGAAGAUGUACACCUUUGCCCAGCAGCCUGUGUCGCAGGAAGAGUUCCAGCGUGCGGUGAUGGUGUGCACGGGGUUCACUCUCAGCAGCCACAUCGUGAGCACGGUGUUCAACAUUUUCGACACGGACGGCGAUGGUCACCUGUCGCAUAAAGAGUUUAUCUCCAUUAUGAAGGACAGACUGCACCGAGGGGCACGGUCUCAUCUGAUGCACAGUCAGAACACCUGGGAAGCCUUCAAGACUUGUGUGAAGAACGAGAUGAGGACGUUUUGAUCCCCUGUGUCUCCACAUGAUCUCUGUGUGUGGGUGUGGAUGGGAGAGAGAGAGAGAUUCAGAGAGGCUGUUUUAGAUUUUGAUAAUGUAAUUGACUGAACAAACACUUUAUACUUUUACAUCUAGCUGUUUCGAGGUAGUGGGUUACAUUUCUUAAUCUGAAGCUCGGUCUCAGUACCGGCACUGUUGUUUCGGAAAUAUGUUUCUUUAAAAUUGUGUUGGGAGUUUAUGGAAACGAAUGUGCGUGUUAUGUAUUUUAAGUUUGAGACACAAGAUUGAUCUUUUUCUUUUGUGAGUUUGGUGCAGUUAAGUUCCAGCCCUGUGUGAGAUUCCAGCGUGGUAGAUAGUGAGCCACGGCCCGGGAGUUCCCCGCUUGCUCUGGGAACUGAAAGGUUGGAGAGAGAAUCGUUCCUGAAAGAGGACAGAAAAACGCUGAACACAGUGGGGCUGGAAUGUUUACCCGUUGUACUGGGAAGUGUUGUAGAGGAAAGUGGGUUCGGCUUUGAGUUUAGGGAGAAAUUGUUUUGAAUAACAAGACUGGAUUGUGAGGGUGAGAGGGAGAGGGAGGGUGAGAGGGAGGGUGAGAGGGAGAGCAAUUGGUUUUUGUUGGUUUUUGUUACUCACCGCCAGUUGUGAUGGAUACUGCCUAGUGAGGAUAGAGCCAGGCAAGCAGGGGAGUUGCCACUGUUUUUUUCUUUGUUGGCUCAGACAGUUUUUUAAAGAAUUUUUUUUAUCAUGGUCAACAGAAAACAAAUAAUAUAUUGAUGGAAGUGACUCUGAAAUACUGUUGUUUUAUUGUUUUGUGAUAGGGACCAGGUAGGGAGGAUAAGUAUUUUUUUGGGCUUCUGAGAAGUAAAGCUUUGUUGGUUUGGGUUUUUUUAAAGAUGGUUGGUCCCUGCAGAGUAAAUUGUGGCGACUACAUCCGCGGUUUGAUGGAAAAGAAAA